AACAAUCUUACAUUUUCUUGUAUCUGUUUCAAUUAAUGUAUAAUAUUUCAAAUCAAUUUUUUACAAAUGUGAUUGAAAUAAAACUAAGCAAAGUGUAAUUGAUUCUUAUUAAAGGAACUUGAUAAAUUAUUUUUCUUUAUUAUUUCUUUAAAGUGCUUUAAUACAGGUUGAGAAGUCAAACAAGUCCUAUACUGAGACUAUGUCACAUAAUGAAAUAACCAUGUCUAACAUUGCGGUCAAUGAGACGGCGUCCAACAAUGAGUCGUCCAUAUCCAACGAUGAAUGCGAUGACCAGGUGGAUUUGGUUUCACAAUUACAUCCCCAAUCAAACUUACAUUUACAAGGAUCUUCAAGUAAUUUGCCCAAGUCAAGAAAUAACACGUACCCUGGCUUAAUUAACAAUCCUCAGUCUAAAGAUGCCUUUAGACUAACGAAAGUAAAAGAAGCAUUGUCAGCAAGGGUCUUGGUGUUGAAACCAAAUGAGGAUAUCCCAGUGAAUCCUGACCCUGCAGACGACAGCUAUUUUAAGAAACAAGGGAGAGCACACCUCGACGAUCACUACGUACACAAGAAGAACAUGGACCAGUAUCAUCUGCUUCAGGAACAAAAAAUUACAGGUCGUAAAAUCGUAAUGAGACUGAUAUUCAAAGCCGACGCUCAGCUCAUGAGUGAAAACUUGUUUCUAGAGCUAUUUUAUUUGAUGGGGGAAACUGUUAGGUUUAGGGUCAGACAUGAGGUGGAGACAUUUAACAAAGACAUGUUUCACGACUUGCAAAUCAUGCAGUGUGAUAACGUCCCUGUUGGAGUAUUUGAGAAGUAUCUACAAUUUUUGAAUGAAAAAAAAGAUCUUUUGAAGUGAUGUCAUUUUAACGAUAUGAGUUUCGCUUCUGUACACAGGAGAUAAAAGGCGACAGUAACAAUUAUGUUUAUAAUAUUUAUAUAUGGUUGAAAACGUUAUUUGAAUAUUUAUUUUUUACAAACUAUAUUAUGUUUAAACAUUGUCACAUAUCAAUAUCUUGUUCUCAUUGUAUGCUGUAAUCACUCGAAGAGGCAGCAAGGAAAGCUCCUCAUAGAUACUCCCUCCUCCCUCAAGGUCCGCUAAAGAGAUUGACCAGAUCGCACUGAGAUUUCAUUCAUGAAUCUAGCGUUGUAGCGUUAGCGUUGUUUAUGGUUAUUAAGAGUAGCGUUUCUAGUUAACAGUUAUAGCAUGGCAGACGAGCUUCAAAAGCGCUUUGUUUACUCGAAGAGGCAGCACGGAAUACUUCUUCCAGAUCCCCACAAAAUAGAUUAGACCAGAGCGCACUGAGACUAUUGCAUCAUGGAGGACGCACUAAACAAAUGCAAUUUAUGUAAAAAAAAAAAUCUGAAUUUAUUUACUUGAGAUGUUAAUUUUUUUCAAAUAUUUAUUAGAAUUUCUUGUAUAUUCUUGCUGAAACGAAUUAGACAAAUAUAUUUUUAACCUAUCUUUUACCCAUAGCAACGACAUAGAAACGUAUAAUUACCCCCAAAAAAGAAGUUUUAACGUGGAAAAAUUUUGAAAGCUAUGAUUAUCAAAAUGCAGUCAAGAAAGUUAGGACACUAGCAAAUGAAUGGCUUUCAGAACAUGAUAUUGACUCAGACUUUAUUGAUGGUUGAAACUGUGGCAGUUUAAUCGAGUAUUAAUUCAUUUCAACUGACGCGAACGUGGAGGAGGAGUGGAUAAACGCUUGGCUUCCCAUACCUAUGGGUUUCGGGUUUGAAUCUAGGUGAAGACUUGAACUUCCGAGGCUUGUGUCGGGACGCAGGUUAAAACAAAUUCAACUUGAUGAACUAAAACGUGUUGAAUUUGGACACUCCUUGAACUUAGACUUACAAAGAAUAUUGGAUACCAUGGUUGAAGAUUUGUGUAGAGUUUAACUGAGUUAUUCUUGUGUACCAUAUGGAAAGGAAAUGCUCAUGCGUAUUUUGGUCUUUCAGUCUGAAGUCUGAAAGACCAAAAUUUCCCAUGAUAUGACCAUUGACCCAUGAGGAUAUUUAUCAAGUCCGCUCCUGAGAAGGACAGGACUAACUUUUGGGUCAAUGGUAUGCAUUAUAAAGGGAUGGGUUUAUGUGGCGUCUUUUAAAAUCCGGAAGUUCAAGUCGUUACCUAGAUUCAAACCCGAGACCGAUCGGUUAGGGAAGCCAAGCGCUUUGCCACUCACCCACCACACUCUCGUCAGUUGUUUAAACUCGAUUAAAUUCACUUAUUGACUUAUUUAUAUUUUAAACUGCAGCAGUAGCUCCUCGUUCUAGAGGCAUUCUUUUCAAUGUGCCUUAACUUUCAAAAUUGGUUUACAUCAAAAGUACAGUUCCCCUUUCAGACCUUGCAAUCUAUAGGGAAGAUGAUAUUAGGGUCAUCUCUUUCUUUGGCCAACGGUUAAAGAGCAGGGUGUGAUGUGGCCAGCACAACGACCAACCACCUUUGCUUUCCCAUACUAAAGUAAAUCGGGUGUCUCGGGGGCGCCCUGAAAGUCCCAAGAUUCUAAAUCCAAGUCUGAACUGAGACUUUGAACUACAGCAGCAGGUUCGGAAGCCAAGCGCUUAACUACUCUGCCAUCGCGCCCCCGUUAGUGUAUAUUUCGUUGUCGGUAGCCCGUACCAAGUUUUUUUUAACGGAAAAUAUACGUAUCUGUAGAAAUUGAAGCAAAAAAGGUGUGUUACAAUGUGUAUAUAUAUUUAUGUUUUUGGAAAAUGUAUUUCACAAACAAAAAAAAAAAAUUAAAAUAUUUUAUUCUUUUUCUUUUAUUUGAACACAAUCAAAUAUAAAACAUUUUGUAUUCAUUGACUUUAUAUCUUUCCAUUUAAAAAUGUAUAUAUAUUAUUUUAGAAAUGUAUAGUAUACUGUUUUCAUUUAUGCCCUUUUAUAUGUGUACCGCGCUUUAUGGAAUUUUACCUUUGUUAUAUUUUCGAACACCUUUUCUUUGCUUUAUUCUGUGUUUGUAUAUGUUAUAAUUUUGAUGUCAUUAAGAUAAUUGAGAAACUUUAAA